UAAUCCGGAAAGUGACGCUAAUCAACCCCCUACGCAUCCUUCCGCUUCUUCCCAUUUCCCCGCAUCGGCGACGCCACAGGAGUCACACCCCCACCUCCGAAACCCUAGCAAUGGAGCCCAAAUCCACCACCCCUCCGCCGCCCCCCGUCUUGGGCGCGCCCGUCACGUACCCUCCGGGCGCCGCGUACGCCGCCCCCGGCGCCGUCGCCUACCCGGCGGCGGCGUUCUACCCCCCUCCGCCGCCCCCUCCUCCCCCCGCCGCCGCGGGGCAGCAGCAGCAGGGCGCCGCGACGCAGCAGCAGCUGCAGAUGUUCUGGGCGGAGCAGUACCGCGAGAUCGAGACCGCCACCGACUUCAAGAACCACAACCUGCCCCUCGCCCGCAUCAAGAAGAUCAUGAAGGCAGACGAGGACGUCCGCAUGAUCGCCGCCGAGGCCCCCGUCGUCUUCGCCCGGGCCUGCGAGAUGUUCAUCCUCGAGCUGACGCACCGCGGGUGGGCGCACGCCGAGGAGAACAAGCGCCGCACGCUGCAGAAGUCCGAUAUCGCCGCCGCCGUCGCGCGCACCGAGGUCUUCGACUUCCUCGUCGACAUCGUGCCGCGGGACGAGGCAAAGGACGCCGAGGCCGUCGUCGGGGCCGGGAUUCCGCACCCCGCUGCUGGCAUGCCCACCACCGACCCCAUGGCAUACUACUAUGUCCAGCCGCAGUAACCCAUUUCUUAUCUUAAAGUAGCUUGGAGCCUUGCGAAUUUUAGUAAACUAUUAAAAGUGUGCUGUUGUUUCCCUUGUUCUGUUGUUGCAAUGCCGCCUAAUAACUUUAAGAUGGCGUGAUGAUCAUCUGAUAUGCCCCCUCUUGAGUAUAAGCGAUUCAAUUUCAGAUUUGAGAGAGGAAGGCUGUAUGAUGGUGAUGAUUCAUGCCAUAAUUAUUAUUUGUGUAGUACUCUCUGAUUAUUGUUAUGGGUGAUCUUGUCCAACUUCAUCUGC